AUGGCCUCUCAAGACGCAGAUGAUGCAGAGCGGGGAACAGCCUCAUCGAGUGGUGCUCCAGGUGGCUGGGCAGAGUCAGAGGGCAGGAAUAAUUCUGUUUACCAGCCCACUGAUGGGUCACAAGACUGCCAAAAGGGAGAACUACUCGCCCUUGGAGCCAUCCAGAUCCUGAAUAGAGCCCUGAUUCUGGCUCUGGGUGUUUCUCUGGGCUCCUUACAAUACGUGGCACAACUUCAGCAUUUCUUUUUCUUCACCUUCUACACAGGCUACCCAGUGUGGGGCGCUGUGUUCUUUAUUAGUUCAGGAACUUUGUCUGUUGCGGCAGGGAGAAAACCCACAAGAAUACUGAUGCAAAACAGUUUUGGAAUGAACAUUGCCAGUGCUAUAAUUGCACUAGUUGGGAUUGUUUUACUCUCAAUAAAUUUAGCAGUUAACAGCCAGGCAAUCAAGAGUUGUUAUUCUUCAAACUCUCCGGACUUAUGCCUCUACACGGGCUCCUCAUCAAAUGGCCUGGUGUCUCUAAUGCUGAUUCUCACCUUGCUGGAGCUAUGCAUAACCAUCACUCUCUCAGCCAUGUGGUGCAAGGCCAACUGCUGUGAUUUGAGAGAGCAAAGUGUGGGCACCGAAAAUGAGAAGCACCUGAGGAAGCGGCAAGAAGGUGCUAGUGAAAACUGGGAUAUGAAACAACUGGGAGGUCAUGAAGGGCGAGGUUCUGAUUUGCAAGUUUCUCUUGAAAAUUCUCACAAAAUAGCAGCAUGUCCUGACACUAAAGACCACCUUCCAUCUGUUUCCUGUCUAGAUCUCAAAUGUGAUUCCUGA